CGAUCGUGCCGUCCUACCCAUGAUCCGUUCCAAACUCCUCCUUCCUCCUCGCUUUAUACAUCAAGAACCACCACUCGUCCGGAACGCGCGCAGCCGUUGCCGUCGACACAAAGCAACAGCAUUUCUUUAGUGAUUAGAUUUCACACCGGGAGUCGGUGGCAUCCAUGGCGGAGGAGGUCGACGGCGGCGCGGGGGCGUACGAGGACCUGCUGCCGGUGAUGGCUGGCAGGCUGGGGACCGCGGGGCUGCUGGAGGAGCUGCGGGCGGGGUUUCGUGUGCUGGCGGACCCGGCGCGGGGCGCGAUCACCGCGGAGAGCCUGCGCCGGAGCGCCGGGAGCGUGCUGGGCGUGGCCAGCAUGACGGCGGACGAGGCGGAGGCCAUGGUGCGCGAGGGCGACCAUGACGGCGACGGCGCGCUCAGCGAGCGGGAGUUCUGCGUGCUCAUGGUGCGGCUCAGCCCCGGCAUCAUGGACGACGCCGAGGGGUGGCUCGAGGACGCCAUCGCCGACGAGCUGCUGCCGCCCGGCUCCCCCCCGCCGGCCUUUGCCGCAUGAUCUGAGUAGGCCAGUAGUUACCAUGUGCCUGGGUGAACUGUUCUCGUGUUCGUACUUGGUGCUGUUAAUAAUUAUAAGUAACCUGUGAGUGUGA